AUGACGGCAAACACCACCAAUAAAUUAGUUUCAAACAGCACCUAUGCGAGAACUGGAUCAACCUCUUCUACAUCAGAAUGUAUUGCAUGGUUUAUAGUGGUCAUUUUUGGAAUACUGGCCAUUGUUAUCUUUAACCUCAUCACAAUCGUUGUAUUUGUGAAGCAGCGUCAGCUACAGUGUCGGAGUAAAUACCUGCUCAUCCAUCUGGCGAUUGUCGACCUCCUAGUCGGUGCAGUCUCUGGGCCUUCUUUCAUUGCAGAGGGAUUUUCGUUCUUUUGUUAUCAGAGGGAUAAUACUAUUGUUGCAAGAUUUUUAUGGGAACUAUUUCCCGUCACCUCCCUGGUUAACCUAGCAGCUAUUUCUUUAGAAAGAUUACAUGCAACAUUUUCCCCAUUCAAGCACCGCUUUAUCAAGAAAUGGGUGUAUGGCGUUAUCGUAGCUGUUAUUUGGUUGAUGGGUUGUUUCAGCGCUAUGUUAAAUGUAAUUUUCGAUUUUUUCUUAAAAUCAGAUUCCUUUAUUUACAUCGGUGUGCUGCUACGAAGCGUAUAUCAUCUGAUCUGCCUUUUGAUCAUUAGUAUUUCUUACUGCUUUAUCCUUAUCAAGGUUCGAUGCAGUCCUAGUCCACAACACCAUGGUGCAGCUAACACCGAAAGAAAACUGACCAUCACCUUGAUUUGGAUUACUUUUGCGUCUUUACUCUCUUGGCUGCCGCAUGUGGUUUUCUCCAUCACAACUAUUUUUUUUGAGGGAAUCUCAAACAUUUAUUUCGUUGCGACAACAUUACUACUAAUUGGGGCUAAUUCCCUAAUAAACCCCAUUAUAUACGUCAUAAGAAUUCCAGAAUUUAGGGCAGGCUUGGCUAAAAUAUUCUGUAGGAACCAAAACCACACACGCCGAGUCGAUUUGCCUCUUAAAAAUGUCCCUUAA